GCUUCUGCCGAACAGAUCGUCCUGGUACAGGCUGUUUCAGCCGCACCAGGUCAGAUGUAACAGUUCAUCUGACUUAUCAUCUGCAUCGCGUGUCAGCAGCCCAGUGCUGCAGCUGAUUAGUCUGUUUUUCCAUUAAUCCUCCAGUUGUGUCCUCGUCAACAAAAUUUGAGGAAAAAGUGGGGGGAAAAAAUGCCUGUAAAUGUCCCAGAGCAGAGAGGUGACAUUGACCAACAGAGAAAAGCAGCAGUCACAUUUAAGAGGCUUAAAUUUAGGGAACUUUUUUUGGCAUUUUUGAUUGUAAAAUUACACAGAAUAUUAAUAAUUAUCAAAAUAGUUGCUGAUUAAGUCUAUGUCGAUCAACUAAUCGAUUAGUUGAGAUUUUAACUUCAGAGGAGGGCAUCACAUCCCUCGAUAUGUGUCCCGUUUACCUAAAUAAAAUUCCGGUGUCAUGUAUGGUCACCUCUCCUAAAUAGCGGUGAGGGAUGACACAGCAGCCAGUUUUAAAGCAGUCAAAACCAGACCAGGUCUCUCUUGUCAUAAGGAUACUGUAUCUGAAGAGACUCCCCGGUCAAAGGGGGGGGGGGCAGGUAUUCCCAGAAAGUUGGGGGCCCCCCCCCCGCGGUCGUCAGAGACAAGGAAACGCACUCUUUGGUUGGACUGAGGACAGACCGGACGCUGCAGCGGCUCACUGUCGCCUCUUGAGGUACAAAGUGGUGUUACCAGGCAGGACCGGCCGGGGCUAGCCGCUUAGCACGCUAACUUCCGUGGAAAUCUCUGUAACACGGCGUCAAAACUGUUACUCCUUCACAUUCUCUUAAUAAUGGUGGUGGAUUUAAAAAUUAAAAUUAAAAAUGUUUUAAACUAAAAUACUUACGUUUUGUCCCUUUAAGUAACAAGUAAACACAAAUCAAAACCUCACCUAUAAACUGUAUUUGCACUUAAGUUUAUUUGGAAGGUGGCGUUUUAACUCUGGUUUCUGGGUUUCUUCUGUUUUUCUGUCUUUCCCGGGAAUCAGCCCCAUUUAAUUUAAUAGGAGGUUAAACAAAUUAGACUGAACACAACAAUGAUAAAUUUGGAAGCUGGAUCUCGGCUGGACGUGCUCGUUUGAUGUCUGGCCAAGGCAGAGGAAGAGACCCAACAUAUUUUAAUCAAAACGCAAAUUAUUCUCCAAUUUUUUUUUCCUUUCUGUUGGAUCAGUCCUUUUCCCAGCCUUCCAAAGCGUUUCCACCGCUGCUUGAUCGAGUUCGGCUGAUGUGACUUCAAACUGUUCCUCUGGCAUCUGACAUCUGCUUCAACAGAACGGAUCUGUUUCCCAGAAUACCCGAACAGCCAGCCACUUCAGCACUGGUCAGAGUUGCACUAUCAAGCAUGUGUUUUUUAAAAUGGUCAGCAUGGCUGUCAUUUGUCCCUUUUCUCCCUGCUGACUGACAGGAAACGCGGGCAUCUUGUUGACCACUGCUGCUUUGUUUCCAUCAGACUGCAAUGUUUUCAGCAGCCUCUGUCACUGACAGCCUUACAGAGACACAUUACAGAGACGCUGCAGGACACGUCAGCCUGUAGGAUCAAGGUGGUUGAGGCAUAUGGAACAACUGGAUGGAUAGAAACUGAACCUGCAGCGCAGUGAACCAGAAUGAGAAGGACAACAGGAGCAGCUUAACCAAGAAGAUACAGGACGACGACUUGAUUUCAGGUCAGCUUCAACUGAGAACGACGAAAAGAAAUGAUUCUUUAUCGUUAAUUAUUGUAUUGCUAUCAUCAAACUGACCGUGCAAGGGAAUAUGAAGGAAACUCGAUGCGUAAACUUGAAUCUUUACACGUUUUUAACUCAUGUUCAAGUUUUCAUGGUCUGUAAGACACCCAAAGCCGCAAUUCAUCGCCUUCAGUUAGAAAGAUUUGUUUGUUAGCUGCAUUUAGGAUGAGUUUGUACAGAUAGUGGACCCAUCAGCAGAAGAACAUCUAAUUUCUACAGACCAUCAAGCUGCAACUCAAAGCCAAAUUGAUGUUUAGUCGACAGUUGCCUGAGUUCAUUAUACGGCUCUUGGACUUGGUACCAGACACUGAAGUCAUUGUUUUAUUCCCCAAUAAUAAUAUCUGCAAAUUGUUCCUUUGUUUGUCCUAACGAGUCUCCGUCACUCAUCAACUGUUGUGCAGCUCUGUCAUGUACAAAGAGCUCUCUCGAAGUUAACCCUGAAGUUAUCUUAAAGACCGUUGUGACAGAAGAGGGACCAUGGACCCGAGGAACGCCCCAUCCUAAAAAUCAGCAGAGGCCACGGCCGUCAUGGAUGAGUCGGACUUUGUGGGAGAUGUUAGGAAAGAACCACCGAUGCACCAGCCGGGGUACUCUCAGGCGGGCACCGCACUCUUGUGCCCCCCUUCUCUGUCCCCCGACCCGGUCAGCCCGCUGACUCACCUGGGGACGCUGCUGGCCGGACACGACGCACCGAGGGCCGGGGACGGAUGGGACAGGAGACUGGGCCCGGGGUUUCAAGGCUGUCAGUUACUGGGAACAACGAGGGAACCAGGGCGAGAACCCCACGCAGACCAGAGCGUCAUCAUCCUGCACGCCAAGGUGGCUCAAAAGUCCUACGGCAACGAGAAAAGGUUCUUCUGCCCUCCUCCUUGUGUUUACAUCAGCGGCCACGGAUGGAGGGUCAUGCAGGACCAUCUGAAAGCGGCUGGUUAUGGAGACUCUGUAUAUCGAGUGUGUGGUUACAUGUGUCUGGACAGCUCCAGUCAGUCUCAGGCGGACACAUUCAAACUGGUCUUCGACGAACAGCCGAACUCAAAGCAGAUGUUCGCCUGUGCCAAGUCCCUGUUCAUCUCCGAUCAGGACAAGAGGAAGCAUUUCCGCCUGUUGCUGCGAAUCUUCCUGGGCAACAGACAGGAAGUGGGUUCUUUCCAGAGCAGAAUGAUCAAAGUCAUCUCCAAACCCUCACAGAAGAGACAGUCCAUGAAGAACGCCGACCUGUGUAUCUCCUCAUGCUCCAGAGUAGCUUUGUUCAACCGUUUGCGCUCACAGACGGUCAGCACCCGUUACCUCUCAGUGGACAGAGGAGCCUUUGUGGCCAGCGCCAGACAGUGGACAGCCUUCACCAUCACCAUGGUGGAGGACCAACGUGCUGACCAAGGGGACUUUGUGCUGAGCGAAGGCUUCAUCUGUUACGGCUGUGUGGUCCAGUUAGCGUGCACUGAGUCUGGAGUAGCUCUGCCACCCAUGGUGAUUCGUAAGGUCAACAAACAGCAAGCCAUCUUAGACGUGGACGAGCCCGUUUCUCAGCUCCACAAGUGCGCCUUCCAGUUCAGAGACAAUCCUCACGCCUACCUGUGUUUAUCUAAUGACACCAUCAUACAGUACCAGGCUCCUUCCAGUGUCAGAGACCCCAACAGAGUGGUGCUGAACGACGGGUCCUGUUGGACCAUCAUCGGAGUGGAAACGGUGGAGUUCACCUUUAAUCAGGGUCUGGGCUGCAUCCAGACACCAGUUAGUCCCUUUCCUGCCAUUACAGGGUUAGAGGUGAAUGGUGGAGGACACGUUGCCAUGCUGGACAUCCAAGGAGAAAACUUCAGCCCUAAUCUCAAAGUCUGGUUUGGCAACAGUGAGGCCGAGACCAUGUUCAAGUCUCCCAAAUCUCUGCUCUGCGUCGUCCCCGACGUCUCCGUCUUCAGUGACGGCUGGCGCUGUCUGCGUCGCAUCGUCACCGUCCCUCUGUCCCUCAUCCGAUUGGACGGCCUGAUUUAUCGCACAUCGUUCAGUUUCACCUACACCCCCGAGCUCCAGCCGCCUACGUCCGUCCGAGUAGCGGGAACGGGAGGGAAGAGACAAGGGGGGAUAGACGAGGGCCAGGAGGACGACGUCCUGUUGGAGACCAUCCAUCAGGAGUUCACCAGAGCCAACUUCCACCUCUUCAUGCAAAGUUAACUACACGGUUAUCACAGUCUGAUUAUCAGGCCGAGAUCACAGCAAGAAACUGAUUUUGUUUGUUUUAGAUCGAUACCGGUCCUGUGUGAGGGAGCUAUGCGAAUUUUCACCCGACUCUGAAGUUUUCUCUGGACCACAGUAGUCCCUCUUUGUCCUGUUUAUUUCUGAAAAUGUUUAUUGGAUCAGAAUGUUCAAUAGGUAGGCUGGAAACUCAGUCAGAAGCAACUGUCAGCAAGAUAAUUAUUAAUCUGUGGUGCGUACACAUCAAUCAAUAUUAAAUGCAGUUCACACUCAUUCCCUCAAGUGAUUCAUUUUGUAAGAAAAAGGGACAUUCACGGCCUCCGGAGUGUGUGAAUCUUAAAGCAGCGGCUC